AUGCCGAAACAUUCCCGAGCUCCUAGCUCUUCUCAGAACCGCUACAAUGCGGGUAUCCCAGUGUCUUUAGCCCCUUCUCCAUUAUACGACCAGCAACGGAUGCCUAUGCCGAGCUAUUAUGGCAUGGGAACCACCGGUGCAUCGUCGAUCGCUCUACAAACCCAAACUCAACAACCUACAUAUGAGUCCUAUGCUACAUCCUCAGCCCCUCCUGUCUCUGUGCCUCAACCUGUACAGCACCGAGCUAGUUCCGGAGCUUGGACCCCUCAGGAUGAUCAGCAGUUGCUCACUGCACGAAUGCAGGGUCUGAACUGGGGUCAGAUCCAGGCGAAUUACUUCCCUACCAAGACUCCCAAUGCGUGCCGCAAGCGUCACGAGCGACUGUUGGAGCGCAAGGGUGCUGAUGAUUGGGAUAACCUCAAGCUUCAGCGUCUGGCCAAGGAGUACAUGGCCAUGAGGAAGGAGAUCUGGAGUGGUCUCGCAGCUCGAACUGGAGAGAAGUGGAACGUCGUCGAAGCCAAGUGCAUGUCCAACGGCCUCAAGAAUCUGCAAAGCGCCGCCCGCGCCGCAGCCCGUCGCGACCGUCUCGAGUCCGGCGCUCUCUCAGGGUAUGACGACGACAGCGGCAUCUCCGGCAUGGGCCUGACACCGGUUGACGAACUAGACGCAUCCUAUAGCAGCCCCGAGACCAGCGCCUCGUCCGUUGUGGCCUCGGCCAACGCCUCCUUCCAGCACCUGCAACCUCACCAGAUGGCCGCUGCCGUUCAAUACAGCUUGGGUCCUGCGUAUGCCCCUGGGUACGGCGGCCAUGGGUACUCGUCGAGCGUGAGCUCGAAUGCGAGUGCGGGACAUUACGGACAUCAUCACAGCGGGCAUAGCCAGGGGAACAGUCCUCAGCAGUAUCUGACACGACCCCAGAGUACAGAUAUGGGCAUUGGGAAUCUUAUUAACAGGCCAGGAAGAGGUGGUGUUUGA